AACCCUCCAGCAAGGUGUCUCUAAAAAGAAAAAAUGGAAAAAGCCCUCCAGCAAGUUGCCAUUUUAUAAAGGGAAAAAACUUCAAAAGGCAAUGCAGAGAGUAAAUAUAUAUAGUGAAAGAACUGCCGAUUGAUCACCCCAAUUCUUCAUCUUCAUCCCCAUUUCUGCUCCAUCUAGAUUUCAACUUUCUAUCUACCUCUGUGUAUUGAUUAAUGGGCAUUAGUGCUAGUUCUACAAUGGCUUACAUUCCACCACACAAGCGGUACUCGAAGGAACCGGAGAGGCCAUUGCUGACUCCAGAGCUGCUUGCUCCUCAAUUCAAGAAAAACUUAAACGUCAAGCCAUAUAAUAAGUCUGAUGUGGAAUGGACUGUAAAAAUAGUUUAUGCAGAUCAUUCUACAUCGAGAUGGCUCACCAUUGGUUUGGAUGACGAUAACCAAUUUCUGCCUUCUGUUAAUCUUAUGCCCAUUUACUUGGAGUCCACUGAGCCGAAAAUUGGAGAAAACCGUCUAGCUUUAUUCAAUACUAGUCUAGAUAACGAAGGUGGUGAGGUCAAAUGGAAUUUGCCAAGGAGCCCUGGGGUAUCUAUAACAGAAAAUGUGCUGGAAGACUUGGUUUCUUCUUUUAAACACGUGAAGAAUGAAAUGAAGUGCGCAAAGCUCAAAGAAGUAAAUCCUACUUUGAUUGCUAGAGUGGGGAAAGUACUUUUUCGUAGGAGCCCUUCAAUUGACAUGGAAUCCAUCAGAAAAAAUUUGUGUCCUGAAAUCUUGAAACAAUUGAGGAAAUCAUUUUAUACAAACAUUCCUGUUUCAUAUAAGGAAAAUAUUGUGAACGAAGUCGUCCCAAAAAUUGGAGUUGAUUUCGAAGAGGAGAAAGAUACAUUCCAAGUAAAGUUGUCUGAUUCCACCAGACCAGAUGCAACUCUCUCCUGCAAAUGCCGUGUAAUGAAAGAACAUGGAAAGCUACAACUCUACAAGAUUGAACUGAAUCAACUGCGUAACAUGGUGAUGGACAUUUCAUGCACUACUAAGAGUCUGGACCUGAGAGUAAUGCUAUGCACGAAGAGACUUGUAACAGAUCUGACUGAUGAUGAGAUGCAAAGCAUUAGGGAUCUGAUUAAUUCGGCAAUUCUCGAUCCAUAUGUGAAGGGUGGGUUGAGGUGGCCUCUGGGAAAGGAGUCUUCUGGAGAUAAAUAUAAAGUUGUUGGGGUUUGGCACGUAAUAGCUAAUAUGUAUAAAAAUUCAUCACUGAGACUGAAAGUAAGACAUGCUGAUCGAUUCGAUUUUAGAACCUUAACUGGGGAAGCUACUUGGGAGACAAGUCUGAUGCUGAAAAAGGUCAUUUCAAUGUUGCAGGAAGAGAAUGUUGAAGUCAGCUCAAUUUCUGAGGUACUCAAGGAAGAUGUGCAGCUGAUAUGGGAUAACUUCUUGAGCUGUGAACGUUUUCUAACAAGAAAUUGCAUGAUGUAAAUCAAUGAUCACUUUCUAUGCGACGUGUACAUAUCUGUCUACAUCCUGAGUUUUAUGUUCAACUUUCGGCAUUGUUUGAUGAAUAAUUAGUAACUGUUCUAAUGAUUUCUUGCAAUCCUGCUAGCUAUGUGUAUCUGGGAUAGUUGAUGGUUAAUGAAAUUUUUGCGAUUUUACA